UCCCCAACCCCUAUAAAGCCUUUAAGUGGCAAGUGGACUCACACACCAGCCCUGCUGCAGAACAACAUCUCUCUUGAAUUUGACCUGCAACCAGCAUGAGGACUCUCCAGGAGAAAAUCAUUGUGCUUUCCGUUUUGCUGUCUUUGAUCUGUGCCGCUCAGGUCAAUUCCCUGCCUCUGCCUGAAGACUGGGAUGGUUUGAUUGUGCGGACCAAGCGGUCACUGCUGUGGCGUUGGAACAGCAUGAAGGCCGUUGGUGCAAGCUGCAGAGAUCACUCAGAGUGCGGCACAAAAUACUGCAGGAAAAAUAUAUGUUGCUUCUGGAUCUCCACCUAAAGAAGAGCUACGCAAAAACACAACUCCGUCGAGGUGACUGUCUACUAAACGAACAUCUACUUUAUGGACUGAGGCGACGUCUGAAAUGAUUGCUCUGGUAUUCUAGCUUUGAUUGAAGACACGUGGGAUGUUUAUCAGUUAAAGUCAUUUGAUCUGGCGCUGCACUGCAGCAAAACAAAGCUGUAAAAGCUGGACUCACAUGAACUGUAAAAUGGCUCCAUCUACAGUGAUAUGGAUUAAAAAUCAUCAGACAGGU